AUGGCUGAUACUUCUCAGCCAUCAAUUAGCCAGCUCCUGAUGCAAUCGAGCACUGAAAGACAACCAGAAGACGUUGUUGAACUUCUGAGCUCACAGCCCAAAGAAGAAGUCAAUAUAGAACCAGUUGUCCCUGAUGCCAGAGCUGAAAGUCCAACCAAAUUACCUGACUAUAUCCAAGCAACUCCAGCCAUAACUCCAUCAAAGGUACCAAUUCAGAUUAUCAACCCAGUGACUGCUUCUUCCGGAGACGCUAAAUCCCCAGCUCCAACUACACCUGCAAAGACACCAAAGCAAAAGCAAAAAGAAGAGGAAAAGUUACAAAGAAUGAAGCAACGAGAGCUUGAAAAGCAAGAGAGAGAAAAGGCAAAAGAAGAAGAAAGACUUUUGAAGGAGAAAUUGAGAAAGGAGAAAGAAGAGGAAAGAAAGAGAAUCAAUGAUGAAAAGGAAAGAAUAAAGAAAGAAAAAAGAGAGAAACUUCUUGAAGAGAAAAAAGAAAGAGAUAGAAAGAAGGAAGAGGAAAGAUUAAAGAAAGAGGAAGAAAAACAAAAGAAGCUAGAUGAGAAACGUAAAGCUGAAGAACAAAAAAAGAAGGAAGAGGAAGCAAAGCAAAAGAAGGCAACCAAGCUACAAAUAUCCAAUUUCUUCAAAGCUAAGACCACUUUGAAAAGUACAAUAGCGCCAGCUGCAGUUGAUACUUCAGAUGCCGAUUACAAGAUAGCAUUCAAAAACUUUUAUCUUAGGGACAAUUUGAGCUUAAAAGUGAGUCCAACGUUGUGCGAUGUGGAAGAUUUUGAUGAACAAUUGAAAACUUCGAAGGGUCAAGGUUUAAAAGAAUGGUUCAAACAACGAGAAAAUAGCAACGUUCAAGAAUCUAUAACAGCAAAAUAUAUAUUCACUCAUCAGCUUGAUUCUGCUCCGUUGAACUUCAAGUUCAUUAGAUUUUAUGAAAACAUCAAGACAUAUAUUGGCACUUACACUAAAGAUCCUACAACAGGUAUAUCUAUUGAUCCAUUCAUACUGACAGAUGCAUUUAUUGAUUGGGAUGAAGAAGAAAAUGAAAACGAAGAAGGUGAAGGUGAAGAUAUUGAUGAUGAAGAUGACGAGGAGGAGGAAGAUGAAGAUAUGGGUGAUCUAUCAGAUUUCUUAGAUGAAGAUGGUGAGGAAAAUAAAAACAAGAAGAAGACAUUAGGGCCUUUGAUUCCACAAAUACAUUGGAAAGACAUAACAGAAUAUAGCAUAGAAGUCCUCAAACCAGAUUUGAUUACAAUCAACCCUUUUGAAGAUUACUGGAAGACAACAGAUACCAAAGACUCUGGUCUGCCGGGAGACCAAGAUCAGUCUCCUAAACCAAAGAAGAGCAAAUCACUCAUUACCAGUAGGGAUGAUUUAGAGAAAUUUGCUAAACAAGUCCAUGAUAGUGAUUUCACAGUUCCUACCAUGGUUGAGUUAUUGAAGAAGCAGCUCCCAACUUAUACAAAAUUGACGAUUGAGAAUACUUUAAAGAAUUAUGCAAAAAAAGUGGGACCAAAAGCUACAGAAAAAAAGUGGGAGGUUGACACUGAGCUAUUGAAGAAGGCUAUGGAAUUAUGA